AUAAAAGUUACAGGGGCUGUUAAAAAUGGACAAAAAGGGGUUUUGUCUUAAAAAUAUCAUUUGAUGCUUGAAUAAGCACCUAGGAGUAUAGUCCUGAUUACAACUGAGUCAUAAAUAAUUGCUCGGCUCACCAAAAUGAGCCGACUCCAUAAAGUUGUAAAAAGAAUUAUUUUUUUUUUUGCCUGUCUGUCAUUUGACUACCACAAAAAACAUUUCGGAUUAAAAUUGGUGUUUGUAUUUUAGUGUAAUUGACAAUGUAUUGUAAAAUUAUUAACACAAAGUCGAAGCUUAAUUUUCAACUAAAGAAAACGACUCAACAAUCGAUUCACUCCACUCUAUAUGUAACAUGCGAGUCGGCUCAACAAAAAAGAUCCAUUUCAGGGAGCCGACUCAAUGGCUAAUGAUAGGUGUCUGAUAGCUAGCUGGCUAACUCUUAGCGCACAGUGGGACAAACGUUGUGUGGUUAUUGGGCGUUUUGGCGGUGUCAUGACAUGAGACACAAAAUAGAAAAAGGAUUUUAAGUAAAUUAUUUUGUCGAUAUGUUUUAUUAAGCUUCAACAACUGCACUAGUCGUAAGGCUACCUUAUGUCGGCUAGCUAGCGAGCUAAUCCGAGCUACACCCUGCGCUUAUUGUGUGCACUGGACAGAUCAUGGACUUCCCGGGACACUUUGAGCAGAUCUUCCAGCAGCUGAACUAUCAGCGUGUCCACGGGCAGCUGUGCGACUGCGUGAUUGUGGUAGGCAGCCGGCAUUUUAAAGCUCACCGUGCCGUCCUGGCUGCGUGCAGCACACACUUUCGCGCACUCUUCAGCGUCUCCGAGGGUGACGGUAGCGUGAGCGUGAUCCGUCUGGACUCCGAAGUGGUGACGGCCGAGGCGUUUUCGGUGCUCAUGGACAUGAUGUACACGUCCACGCUGACCCUGGGAGAGAGCAACGUGAUGGACGUGCUGCUGGCUGCCUCUCAUUUGCAUUUCAAUACCGUAGUGAAGGCAUGCAAGCAUUAUCUAAACACUCGGACUCUGCCCAAGUCGCCUCUGGGUGAGCACGGGGCUCAGCGUGUCGAGCAGCAGCAGCUGAACACUGGUUCUAACUCACGCCUCCAGCGCUCGUUCCUCUUGCAGCAGCUCGGGUUAAGCGUAGUCAGCUCGGCCCUUAACGAAGAGGCGGAGGUGGAAGCGAGUGCAGCAUGCCGAGGGAAGGGCUCGGUCACGGGAGGUGGAUUGUUGGACCAGAGGGACUCUUUCUACCCGCAGCGCCGCUUGCAGAAGCGCAAGCAGACGUUUUUUCUGAUCCGCCCUGAGACUGAGAGUUCACGACAGAGGCCACGCCUCCCGACACAAGCCCAGGGUAUGGUUGAAGAUUGUGGGGAGGAAGGAGCUAGAGGGGAGGAGCUUCUCUCCCCAGAUUCGCACAGCAAAACCUUGGAUGAGGAUUCCAAACGGGAGGUAGUGGUAAUUGCAUCUGACGAGAGGGACGAGUACAGACGGGCGGUGGCACAAGACGAUGCACAGCUCCCUAGCCAAUCGGAUGGCGGCAGAGGGAGCAGGGUGGAGCCUCACCUGCUGGUGCACAAGGAGGAAUAUCCAGAUGGCGACGGCGUACAAGUGAAAGGCGGAGGUGAGGAAGAAGCGCCACGCAUGCAGGUGGCGGUGAAGAGGGAGCCCAUCAGCUCACCUGAACCGGCAGACGAGACCAGCGAUGUCAUGUCUCAGGCUGAGGGCAGUGACCAGGUGGAGGCCGUACGAGAGAAGCUGGAACUGAGCCCCGAAGGCAGCGAGCACAGCUUCAGUGACCCUCAGCCCAGCUCCGACAUCCUGAUCUCAGAAAUCAAAGGGCCGGUCAUGGAAGGAGAACGAGCGGGUGAUAGCGGAGGAGGUGUAGACCGCAGAGAAAGAGGAUCAGGUCUCCUGAGCGCCAUGAACUUCGACCGUCUCUCCAGCUCAAACCCGGCGACAGGGGAGUGCGCACUGGACCACGAGCCGUCCCGUUUCCUGUUCGGCUCAGACUCCUCUUCUUCUAUGCACCUCCCUGCGUCUCAGAACCUCCUCGCAGGGGAGGCGCAGGAGUUUUCCAACAUGCGAGCCGACACACUGCUGCUUCAGCCGAUGCUGGACGGGAUCGCGUCGUCCUCCUCCGAGCAGCUGGCGUUAGAGUUUCAGAGGAAUAUCUUUCGUGCCAGCACGUACAGGUUUCCUCCUUACCGACGGAUCGCACCUAAGUGCAUCCCAGGAGCCGCUUCGAUGCAGGACGCCGCUUCCUCUUCCUCCUCAUCGCUGAUCGGCAGCGACGCUAGUUUUGACGCUUCUACGCAACGAGGAAGCAACUUGAAUCCGCUGCCCCAGCUGACCCGCGCGUCGGCAGACGUGCUCUCCAAAUGCAAGAAAGCGCUCUCGGAGCACAACGUCCUGGUGGUGGAGGGAGCACGCAAAUACGCCUGUAAGAUCUGCUGUAAGACUUUUCUGACCUUAACGGACUGCAAGAAACACAUCAGAGUCCACACAGGCGAGAAGCCUUACGCUUGCCUGAAGUGCGGCAAGCGAUUCAGCCAAUCCAGUCACCUGUACAAACACUCGAAAACCACCUGCCUCCGGUGGCAGACCAGCUCCAUGACAGCUGGACUGCUUUAGAUCCACACUGGACAUUCAGCGCAAAAUAAAUAAUAUAUUACUGCUAUCAUACAUGUGAUUCGUACCGGAGGCGGCUUUAAAGCCUAAUUUCUUACAUCGAUGUUGAAUUUACGAAGGAGUGGCAACGCGUGCGCUCUACUGUGAGCUUUUCUGAUCUUCAUUUCACGAUGAAAUUCACGUUUAUUUGAAACACGGUACAUUCGAAGUGAAAGAUAAAAAAAAAAAAAAAAACAACUCCACACAGGAAGAACAGUGAGGGUCAGAACAUUUUCCCACCGCAGUGGAUUGGUGGAAGCCGAAAACAUGCGGUGGAUGAACAAUUAUACUGUGUGGAGCGUAAACAUCCAUGUGUUUUACCUCCAGCUUUUAUAUCACAUGAUUAUAAAGUUUUAUUUAUUGAACAUUAGGAUGUACUUUACAGGUAACGAUGCAGAAUGACUACGAAGCACAUCCGGUUUCUGUUCUUGCGUUUAGCAGCUGCACACCGUCGUCCCCUCAGCAGUUUCUAGUGAAUAGGAGCGAGUCUUCAUUCAGAAGUGUGGACUCUACAGAACCACGCUGGAACUGAGGAACCUCACCACACUACCAUUCAAAUGUUCAGCAACGUAAAAGUUAAUGACCUCCUUUUUCUCCCUCAUGUCCUCCUUCUUUCUUUCCUUCCUCCCCCCUUUUCCUUUUCUUUGUUGUUUUCCCUCUUCUUUCUCUUUGAUUUCUUUCAUCACUCUUCCUUCCUUCACUUUUUCCUCUCUCCUUUAUUUCUUCUGCAAUUUCUGCUCUUUCCUUUCGACCUUCCAUUUUUCCUCCCUCCUUUCCCUUUUCUCUCAUUUCCAUUCUUUACUUCCCUCAUCCUUUCCUUCCUUUAUCACAUCCUCCCUCCUUCUUUUCUCUCACACUCUCUCCAUUUCAUCCUCCCUUCUUUCUUCCAUCUCCUUUCCACUCUCUUUCUUUGUUUCUCUUUUUUUUUCUUUUUUUCCUCACAUCCUUUUCUCCAUCACUCUGGGGAAGUGGUAACUUGGAGGUUAAGGCUCUGGGUUACUGAACAGAAGGUCAGGGGUUCAAGCCCCAGUAUUUAAAUGCUGCCAUAUGUGUGGCCCUUGAGCAAGGCCCUUAACUCUAUGUGCACCAGGGGCACGGUAUCAGGGCAAAGAAUUUCACUGUGCUGCAAAGUACAUGUGACAUAUAUAAAGCAUCUUUCUUUCUCCCCUUUUCUAUCCCUCCCUCUCUCUUUUCCACUUCUUCCACUUUGUAAAACAUGUGGAGGGAAACAUUAUAAGUGUUAAAAACCCUGGACCUCAAAAAAAAGGCUCAAAAGUAAAUGCACCUUUAGCUUCUUCAAACCCAAGUAGUCCUGUUCUUCUCUCCUCAACUCAGUCAGACUGAGGCUUGUUGUUUGUUCUCUUUUAGUCGUGAACCGUGUUGUGGUCACGUGACUUCUGAACGCCAUUGUCCGGUCGUUCAGAGAGCCGUGCGCCGUACUGUAAUCGAUUGUGUAGCCGAUAGUGAAGCGUCACUUCGUUUUCUUCAUGUCCUUCACAGAACAUCUGCCACAGUGUAUAUUUUCCAUCUUUGCACCUUCAGACGUUGUGGCUUUAAUGACAUUUUUGCGAAGGAUCGAAAGAUGUGUGAAACGUUUGUGUUCUCGUGUAAAAGAAAGUGCAGUUUGUUUCACGUGACUCAUGUGUGUAAUGGAUCUGUGUUCGUGUCUUAUAUGAUGUGAAGGAUUGAGCAGUGUGCAAGUCGAUGGAGGUUCCACCUCCUCAGGCUUCAGCUGCGACGUGACUGACAAGAAACGGCGUAAAAAAUGCUCUGUUUAGUUUUUGUGCACUUACUGUUACGUCCAUCACAUGCAGGUUUAAUUCAAGGAACCGAUGUAAGAUGUAGAAUUAAAACACCUCCCACACACAUCCAGUUCAUCCAGCCUUUUCUCUGUAUCUUUCUUCUCACAUUCCUUUCCUUCUCUCCACAUUGGAUUUUUUUUUCUGUCUAAGUUUUUUUAUGUUCUUUUGUUUCUGUAAUGUUCUUUAUAUUUCUCACUUUUAAUUUUAUUUUGGUUUUAUUUCCAUUGCUCAGCUUAUCUAUUAUCUAUCCUUUUUAUUCUCUCACAUUUUUAUAUACUGAUUUUAAUUAACUUGUUUAUUCAUUUUUUUUGUUUUCUUUUGUUUUCUUUCUUUCUCGUUUCAUUUUAUUUAUUUGUUUGUUUGUCUUCCGUUCCCAGUUUAUUUUUCUUAUGUAGGACGAAUGAGACACCUAGUCUCUUACGCUUUUCGAGAGAAACACUUUCAGCAUCAGGAAGCCAUUAGUGUCUCCAAACAUUUCGCUGAAAUACUUUUGCAAUUCCUCCUGUAAAGCUUCACUAGUUGGAGAUUUCUUUCUGACUUUGUGAUCCAGUUCAUCCCAGAGCAGUUCAAUAGGAUUUAGGUGCUGUGACUGGGCAGACCAUGAUUGAUAUCACUCCAGACGACUGUUUGUUCUAAAACUCUUACAGAGCUCAGACGUACACUUCGGCUCAGCUUCUUGUUGUACGGUGAUGUCGGUUCCUAUGAGUCACAGUCCAGAUGGAAUUGCAUGGUGUUGAAGAAUGGAAUGGUUGCCAUGUUGGCUCAGAAUUCCUUUCACCUGAAAUAAGUCUCCAAACUUCCCUUCUCCAAAACACCCUAAACUAUUAAACAGCCCACUGACA